UUUCAGACAAUAUCACCACGACCGUACCUGGAGACAGUAAACCAUCAUGGCACGUGUUGCUAUGAUUACAUUUUUAGUCGUGAUUUGUACAAUUAUUGUGGAAGCCAAGUGGAAAAGAGAAACAACGGAAAGUGAAUAUGCAAGAAUACAAAAUUCAGUGCCAUAUUACUGGGAGGUAAUAUGUGAUUAUCAACCUACUGGAGUAUGCCAUUAUGGUUAUAUAGACCGUAGUACCCAAAUCGGCCGUUGGAAGUUCCGGGAGGACGCCCAAAAGACACAGCCACCACCGCCUGGGCCAGAGGAUCUAAAAAUACCAGCACCAGUACCAGUAUCAAAAUUUGACAGAAAUCGUUGCAAAGAAGGCUGGUAUGAUUGGUUUGGGGGAAACGAAUGUUACUACAUUUCUGCCUUUAAUGAUACGAAAAGCUGGAGGGAGGCUUAUGAAGCAUGCAAAAACUUAGGAGCAGACUUGGCAUAUGCUAAAUUCAAUAUGAAGUGGAAUUUUAAUGCUGCGGGAUCAUUUGCAAUAAAAAGCAAGAUAAGAACUCAUUAUUACUGGACAAGUGGACACAAAGUCAAUGGCAAAUGGUAUUGGGGAAAUAACCAUGGACCAGUUCCAAAAAGCAUACUGAAAAUGAAUGAAGAACUACCAGGCAGUCCUGAGUACGGGGAUUGUUUUGCAAAAUAUCUCUAUAGAUCGGUUGUUUAUAAUAAAAAAAAAUGUAAUCUUAAAUUCAACUAUGUCUGCCAGAGAAAUGUGCCAAAAUAAAUAUGGGUAACUCUAUAAUAUAGGAAUACGCAUUGGGUGUAAACUUAUGCUAUUAAAAUAUGCCUAGGUUGUCAUUGUAUGCUAUUAGAAUAGAAUAUACUUUUAAAUGGAAGCAAUAGAUAUUGUGUUGUUUCUUCAUAUUCCUAAAACAGAUACAAAUAUUCAGAAAAUAGUGUUAGAUUGAACUUAAAUGAUUUAUAAGUUAUGAAAACCUUGUAUUAAAAAACUAUUGACACAUAAA